AUGCGGAAAGAAACGAAAAUACGUUAUCGAGAAGUUAAUUCACCAUUACAAAUUCAAAUUUUACUCUUCUUAAUGAUCUCAUUUGCAUUUAUCGUUUUAUUGUUGACUUUUCUGAUUUUUUCAUCCAAACAACACUACGGACAACAAACAACAUUAUUAAAACAACGUAAUUCAAUCAUUAACAAUAUUUCAACCAUAACUUCACAACCAUAUUUCAGGCUACCGACAAAUAUUCAUCCAUUACAUUAUAAUCUUAAAUUGCACGUAUUUCUACCGUAUCAAGAUGGAUUAAAUUUUAAUGAACGAAAUUUUAGCAUUAAUGCCGAUGUAACAAUUCGUAUUGCAUGCUUUCAAUCAACUGAUCGAAUUAUUUUAAAUGCUAAAAAUUUGAAAUUUGAUGAAAAUGAUAUAAGAGUGAAAAAUAGUUAUAAUGAAUCGAUACCGCUGUUAAGCAUUCAUCGUUAUCAACAUAAGGUAGAUGAUAUUCAUGUUGUUGAGAUAAUACUAAUGCAAGAGCUUCUUUCUGAUCAUGAUUAUUUGAUUUAUAUCAAAUAUCAGGGUUUUAUCAAUGAUGUUUGGACUGGUGGUCUUUAUAAGACACAAUAUAAUAUCAAUGAAGAGACAAGAUUUUUAGCACUUACACAACUACAACCAACAGAUGCAAGUCGUUUAUUACCAUGUUUCGAUGAGCCAGGAAUGAAAGCAACAUUUCGGAUCAGUAUAAUUCAUCCCAUAGGUACAUCAGCUGUUUCUAAUUCACCAGUUCGUCGCUAUCGUCAUCUUAAUUCGAAAUGGAUUAAAACAGAUUUUGAGGUGACACCAAUUAUGUCAACUUAUUUGCUAGCAAUAGCUGUCAGUGAUUUUGUUUUCAAAUUUCGUCAUUGUGGAAAAAUUGAAAUUCGUGUUUGGUGCCAAUCAGCGGUGGUACAUGAUAUCGAUUAUGCGUUAAAUAUUGCAUGUCGAUUAUUAAUUUAUUAUGAAAAUUUCUUCUCAAUUCCAUAUCCACUCAAAAAACUUGAUAUUUUCACAGCACCUGAAUUACGUGUAUUGGCAAUGGAAAAUUGGGGCUUAAUUAUUGUACGUCAAAAAUUGAUGCUUUACAAUAAACAUCUCAAUAGUUUACGUGAGAGGAGAGUUGUCACAGAUGUCAUUGCACAUGAAGUAGCUCAUAUGUGGUUUGGAAAUUUAGCAACAAUGCGUUGGUGGAAUGAUCUAUGGUUAAAUGAAGGUUUUGCAACGAUGAUGGGACAAAAAGCAGCUGAUUUUGUUGAAAAUACAACACUACGAAUGUCACAAUGUUUUGCGGCUGAUAUAACUUUAAAAGCAUUAUCAAGUGAUCAAUAUACAACAAUGACACAACCGAUAAGUUUGAAAGAGAACAGCGAUCGUAUACAUGGUCAAGAUAUUAAAAUAAUCUAUAAUAAGGGUGCAGCAGUAAUUCGUAUGGUGGAAUCAACAAUUGGUCAGGAAGUAUUUCGAAAAGGAUUAAACCUUUAUCUGGUUGAAUUUGCUUAUGCAAAUGCUGAUAAGAGCAAUCUUUUAAGGAGUUUUUCAAAAGCAAUGGUUUAUCAUCAUAAUCCAUUCUUUGGUACCAAUUUUUCAGUCUAUAAUUAUAUUGAUUCUUGGAUUUAUCAACGAGGAUUUCCAUUACUAAAAGUUCGACAAAUUGGUGAUUAUUUUGAAAUUACUCAACAAAUAUUUGAUUUUGAUAAUAAUAAUCAAUUUGCUGAUACGCAAUGGAAAGUACCGAUAUUUACACGAGAAAAUCAACAUGAUGAAAUUCAUUGGUUAGAAGAGAAUAAAAAAUUAAAACUAUUCCAUGGAUCACAUAAAUUAGUAUUAGAUCCAAAUUUUCAUGGUUAUUAUCGUAUCGAAUAUGAACUUCACUAUUGGAAGCUUCUCAUUGAUCAUUUACUCUACAAACAUAAUUAUUUUUCUGUUUCAACACGAUUUAAAUUACUCGAUGAUGCAUUUGUAUUAGCUGAAAUUGGUAACAUACCGUAUGCAAUACCAAUGAAAAUGUCACUGUAUCUUACAAAUGAAACAAAAGUUGUACCAUUUAUAACAUUUCUUACACGUUUUGAAACAAUCCUCUAUCGUGUUUAUCGUCAUCCAAAUGCAACACUUUUUAAUAAAUAUAUGCAGUUUCUCAUGGAGCCACCGUUUCAACGAAUUGUUAAUGCUGAAAGUAACGGAAAUAUUUCACAUAAUAUGGAAUUUGAAUUUGUAAGAGAAUUGAUAUAUUUAAAAAUGUGUGCCAGUGGCUAUCAACGAUGUAUUGAAAUGUUUCGUUCACGUUUAAAGGAACUUUAUGAAAAUUGUACGGAACAAUCACUUAGCAAUGGUUGCAAUAGAUUAGAAGCAAGCCUACGUAAUACGGCUUAUACGGUAGCAACCAAAUACGGGAAUCAGGCGGAAUUAACAUUUAUGAUCAAUAAGUUACAUGCAGAAGAAUAUCACGUUGAACGUGAUAGGAUUUUUUCCGCACUUGCCAGUAGCUCUAAUCAUUCUUACAUUGAAAUGAUAGUAAAAGAAGUGUUAAUUAAAAAAGAGAAAGAUACUGAUUUUCGACCUAAAUUAUACGAACUUUCAAGGAAAAAUUAUGAUAAUGGAGCAGUUGAACAAUACAUAUUUAAUAAUUUUGCUGAUCUUGUCAAGAGGCACGAAAAGUAUGGAUCAUUUUUUAUACUUCAAAUGGCAAGAGGAUAUGGUACUAAUGAAGAUUUGCAUAAAGUUAGUGCUCUUUUAUAA